AUGGUUGGGCCUGUAACUGUCUUCACCGUUGAGAACUGUCCUUACUGCAAGCAGGUAACAACGACGCUGGAAGAAUGUCGGCUACCCUACACGGAUAUCUCCCUCUCCAAGUUCCCUCAGAAGCGCAAGGACUUGCUUCAGCUCACGGGAAAAGUCUCGGUACCGCAGCUCUUUAUCCACAGUCAAUGGAUUGGAGGAGUCGACGCCUCUUUGGCAUACUUGCGGGACUUUUCCAACCGCAUUGUCCGGCACUCCUCCUUCACAGAGGACUCUAUGGAGUCGCCCCUUGAGACAUUGGAGCGUGCAGUAGGCCGCAAGUCUAAUGGGAGCGCCGCAGUCAACCCCCGAUUCAUGGUCCCCAUCAUGGAGGAGCAUGAAGGUGACGAAACAGACUCGACCUGGUGUGAAGAGGACGAAUGCCAGUGCAACGAUACUCCCGUUGGGGGUCCAUUGUCGGCAUGUGGCAGCAGUGGCAGCAGCUGUAGUACGUUCGGUAGCAGCACGGAUACCACCCGCAUCAUGACACCGGAUGGAUCUCUUCUGACCGUCUUGGAAACUACCGAACUACUCAAGAAAGUAGUACUGGACUACUCACAGAGACGAUGGAACUUUACCACGUACAAGAACUGCUGUACCGCAGAAGAAGUAAUCAACUCGUUUGCACAGCAUUACGACAUUUCCAGACGAGAAGCAGAAUGCUUUGGUAGGCUCCUGCACCGAAACCACAUUAUGCAUCAUGUUUGCAACGACCAUCAAUUCAAAGAUACCUCGGCACAUUUUUGGAGGUUGCAAUGCUUUCACAAUCCAGACAUUCUGAAUUCCUACCGAACGUGGCCGGUCCAAGCGUCGCCGCAUCCGGAAGAAGCACUUCACAGAAUCCUCAACAUCUUUGGAAAGAUUCUUGCCACCAUCAUCACAGAAGAAGGCACUUUUAACUACAGGAUCGCCUUCAUGUGCUCGGACUAUCCCUUGUUUGAAGAUGCCGUCUGUGAGCUACAACGAGUAGAUCUGUCCUUACUGGAAGGACCUGCCAUGAUG